GCCGCAAUUCGCCGGGCGUGCGAGCCUCGCGGUUCUAGCGGCCCCGCGAGUCCGCUGCCGUGUAGCCGCCGUUGCUCAGUUCCCGAGGCCCGCGGCGUCACAGGCUCGGCGACAUGUCGAUGCUGGCUGAGCGUCGGCGGAAGCAGAAGUGGGCUGUGGAUCCAAGAAACACUGCAUGGAGUAAUGAUGAUUCCAAGUUUGGCCAGAGGAUGCUAGAGAAGAUGGGGUGGUCUAAAGGAAAGGGUUUAGGGGCUCAGGAGCAAGGAGCCACAGAUCAUAUUAAAGUUCAAGUUAAAAAUAACCACCUGGGACUAGGAGCUACGAUCAAUAACGAAGACAACUGGAUUGCUCAUCAAGAUGAUUUUAACCAGCUUCUGGCUGAACUGAACACUUGCCAUGGGCAGGAAACAGCAGACUCCUCAGACAAUAAGGAAAAGAAAUCUUUCAGCCUUGAAGAGAAGUCCAAAAUCUCCAAAAACCGUGUUCAUUAUAUGAAAUUCACAAAAGGGAAGGAUCUCUCAUCUCGGAGCAAAACAGAUCUGGACUGCAUUUUUGGGAAAAGACAGAAGACGGCGACUCCCCAGGACCACCCCAGCCCUGCUGCCACAGAUGGGAUGGACGCCUCCCCGACGACCACCAGUGCCUUCACCAUCCACGAGUACUUUGCCAGGCGCAUGGCGGAGCGCAGGAGCAAGGCACAGGGCACGGCUGCAGGGGCGGAGCCUUCAGAGACCGCAGUGGAAAGGAAAGCGGGGAAGAAAAGAAAGAAAGAGGCGAAAGAUAAAAAUGUGGAAAAUCACACCCAACCCAAGGCCAAGAAGGAGAGAGACCAAGUUGAGUGGCAGCUGAGAGACCUCCGUUGGGACGAGAAUUCUGAUGCUUCUGCUGAGGAUGGAGAGGGUUGUGUGGGGCCAGUCGAUGACCAGGACUCUCCCCCGAAGCCCAAAAAACGGAAAGAAAAGGAAAAGGGACAAAAGCAAGUUGAGACAGCAGAGGAUGGUACACUAGAUAAAACACCAGUGAAAAAGAAGGAAAAAAAGAAGAAAGGUUCCAAAUAAAUUCUCUGGUGCCAGGGCCUCCCAGCUCAUCAGCUGUCAGGGCGCUGCCAGGGAAAACUCCCUGGCCCCACGUCAGAGCUGGGUUCACCCCAGGAGCCUUGCACAGCCCCCGACAUGCCCGGCCUCUGCCACGUCUCGCCCUCACCACAGUUCCCAAAUCAUAUUCCCACAGCUUUUUAGUGUUCUGCAUCAUGGCUCUCAGAAACAAAUAAAUUUCUUUUUAGACUCCCAGUCCUUCACUGUAUUUAUUCACCUUCACGUGAAUACAUGGUUAUUCGUACGUGUGUGUAGGUCUCUCACAGUCUAUAUUUGCUCUUGAUUUCCUCCAGUAACAAUGAACUGUGCUUCCUUCUGAAGGACUUAGUCUAAUUAAAGGAUUAAGAGGCAAUAGUUUGCAUUCAGAUAGUUCCUUUUGUUCUAUAGCCAACCAUACGUUUUUGCCAAGUCAGUUUUAUAUGAUUACAUUCCCAAAUCAGAGAGCUGUUUUGGUCUGGUUUGGUUUGGUUUGGUUUUGAUGGGGAAAUUGUUAUUAGUGGCAGCCAUGUAUUUUGAGGUCUUCUCCCCAAGACUACAAAGUUUAAGGAGUGAGCUGAUGGUGGGGACAGUUUAACUUGCCAGCUUUCACGGGAGGUGUCUUGCAGUUCCUCAGCGAGAGUUGGUGGUCAGAUACAUUUCCAUUUGGUGUCCAUGAGGACAGAUCUGCUAGAGAGGGCUCCUCCUUAUCUAUAAUCAUUGGGCGAUCCUCAGGAGGUUAAAAAAAAACUGAGAUGCUAAGGUUACGAAAUUAAUUUCAUCUAGAUUGGGACUGUGUUGUGAAAGUUCUUAAAAGUAUAAAUAUUAUAUAAAGAGUAAACGAUACUUUCAGUCUUGCUUACACCAAAUGGUGUCACCUCCUGUGUUUAUACUGCCUCUGCCACACCCUGUCGUAUCUCCCUGUGUGCUGCUUAAACUCUCCCUGUGCGGGUUUCCCCAGAAAACUACAGACACCUUCACACCCUCUUUGGGACACAGAAUGAAAAAGAAAGUGCAUGUUUAAGAUCUAGAGGCCUCGCACUGUGGUCUCCUCUCUACUGCUUUCUUUGUUCUCUUGACCUGUCCCUUCUUUUCUUUUUCAUCCUUUUACCCUUUUACUCCCUCUUCCUUGUUCCCUGCUUAUUUUCAGUUCCCAGUUUUCUCUUACCUCUUGCCGGUUGUCUGCUCAUGGUCCUACAGACCUGUGGGGAGCUGAGGGGGUGUGGCACGAGAGGAGGCCAUGCACUGCCCGCCACCUGAUUUAUAGAUGCUCCUGGAUAACAGUAACGAAAGCUCACCACAACCCGAUGCGCUUUCAGCCUUGAUUUUAAACCUCAGGCUCACACAUUAGAUAUGAAGCAUGGCCCUGAGGUUCUUAAAACUGAGAAAACAUGAAGAAUGUUUAAUUUUAGUCUCCUAAAAAUUCCGAAUGGUGCUAAUUGUUUAAAAGGAUAGACACACACACACACACACACACACACAUACACACACCCCAUAGAUCCUGGGGUGUAGUUUCUGAGUUUAUCGUGGCCCUCAGAGUUGAGAAUCCCAGGCAAGGUCCAGUCUAAUAAAGCACCACAGAUUUUUUAAGUCACUUUUCUUCACAGAGGGCACAUGCCCAAAUUAUCUGUGCUUGUCCUAUCUUGUAUAUGGAACCAGAGUUUCAGAAUGGAAUGGGCGGGCUUCCCUGGUAGCACAAUGGUUAAGAAUCCUCCUGCCAAUGCAGUGGACACGGGUUUGAGCCCUGGUCUGGGAAGAUCCCACAUGCUGCGGAGCAGCUAAGCCCGUGCACCACAACUACUAAGCCUGUGCUCUAGAGCCUGUGAGCCACAACUAAUGAGCCCAUGCUCCACAACUACUGAAGCCUGCAUGCCUAGAGCCCGUACUCUGCAACAAGAGAAGCCA